GGCUGCCCUCCAGUGAUUUGCUCCCAUCCUUAUUGAAUGUGAAAGCGACGAUAAUCAAGCGUGAUGCGGAAAGAAAUCUCUUAACAGUUCUAUCUAUUCGGGACUGUGGCGGGCGCCCGCUCAUACAGCCGGUUCCUCUGAUAGGCACAACCCAUUGAACACUUGGCACAACGCAUCGCAUUACGUACAUCCAUGACCGUGUCCGCUCUGAUCAUUGUCGGCGGCACCAGGGAAUUGGAAAUUUAUCGUUUGUUGCCUUGAAAAAAAAUUCCGUCUUUACCGUCCAUUUGUGUAUACACGCGCGGGUUGGUGCAAGUGACCUUUACGAGAACGGAUGACAAUGGUGCCGCUGGUCAAAUCGGUUCUGGAUAAGUCCAGCGCGCUUCUGCGGCACAGCCACCGGACGACAUCGGUGAUCGUCUUUGCCGUGUUGAUGUUGGAUAAUUUACUGCUGACCGUUGUCGUGCCCAUAAUACCCAAUCUGGUCUACCAGAUUGACCACCCCGACAACGUCAUCCCGGCGUCGACCGGCGUGCAGUCGGCGAAAUGUCAGCCGGAAAAUCGCUCCUUAUCCUGCACUGUGCCUAAUCGCGCCGAUGACGAGCGACCGGCAAUCCCCGCCGCUGUGGAUAAAAAAGCGAUUAUCCUUGAUCUGAUGAAUGAGAACGCCAAAAUUGGCUUUUUAUUCUCCAGUAAAGCCUUUGUACAGCUGCUAAUUAAUCCCUUUGUCGGUAUUGUAUCGGCCAGGUACGGCUACACGAUGCCAUUAUUUUUCGGUCUAUGCGUGAUAUUUUUUGCCGCACUACUUUUUGCCGUUGGCUCUACGUAUGGGACAUUAUUCUUUGCCCGCUCCCUGCAGGGCGUCGGCUCGUCAGCGGCGGUCAUUUCCGGAAUGGGACUGAUAUCCAGUAGGUAUCCGGAUGAGGAGGACCGCAGUAAACAGAUGGGCGUAGCGCUCAGCGGGAUUGCAGCCGGUGUGCUCGUGGGAUAUCCAUUCGGCAGCGUUGUUUACGAUUUCGCCGGAAAGGCGGUGCCGUUUCUCCUUAUAGCGUUUCUUUUGGCGGUACUCGGAGCGGCCCAGACUAUUGCGCUGCCGCCCCGGCUCGAGCACUCCUCGGUGGCCCUGACCACCUCCACCAAGACCCUCCUGCGGGACCCCUAUAUCCUGGCGGUCAUCCUGGUGAUCUGCGCGUCGACGUGUGCCAUGGCCACGCUGGAACCGUGUCUGCCGUUGUGGCUGAUGGAGACAAUGAGUCCCCAGCCUUGGCAACUGGGGACAGCCUUUGUACCGGAUAGUAUUGGCUAUUUUCUCGGCUCUAGCUUCUUUGGGGUGUUUGCGCUGCGGGUGGGACGGUGGAAAUGCGCUAUGGUGGGAAUGGUUACAGUCGGCAUUUCGGCCAUCUGCCUUCCGUUCGCAACGGCUAUCUGGCAUCUCAUCAUACCUCACUUUGGAAUUGGGAUUGGCAUUGGUGUCGUAGAUGCCUCCUUUAUGCCUCUAUUGGCGCUUCUCGUGGAUUUGCGGCACGAAGCAGUGUACGGAAGCGUAUUCGCCGUCGCCCAGAUUGCCGUGUGUCUGGCAUAUUCUUUAGGACCUCUGCUCGGCGGACUGGUAGCCAAUUCAGCCGGCUUCCCUUUUCUCAUGCGCACCAUUGGUAUAGUCAACCUUCUUAUCAGUCCGGUUUGUAUGCUCCUGCGGCACGUGCCGAACCGCGCCGAAAACCAGGGCCUUCUCAGUCACCAUACCACGUUCGGAUCACAGGAUCCCAGUCGGCGUCGGUCGUCGGGAAUGAUGUACCGCACACUGACAUCGGACACCGAUGAUUAUCCGGAUGUCGCGGCAAUGCCCAAGUUCAAUAUACGCCGCAAGAGUUCAGUGCGACGAUGAAUAUACCAGACGGAAAUUUGUGUCGUUUUUAUCAUCACCAUUAACAGUUUUGUUAUUAUUAAAUAUAUUUAAUAUUUUUCCAUAAAUUAA